AUGUCCACGGACGAGACUCUGAGCGAUGCUGUUGUCCUCGGACAAGACGACAUAAGUGACUUCAACGAACAGGGCAUUCUCCCUGUGCCGGACGAGACCAAGGCUAAGAUCCGCGAGUGGCUGCAAGCAACACCCUACAGCGCCCAAAAUGGAGAAUACGAUAAGCAUCGGCUAUCCCACCUCGAGGGCACAGGAGAUUGGCUCCUCGAUUCAAAGCCCUUCACUACAUGGCAUGGAUCGGAAGAUCAAGGCUUGCUCUGGAUCAGGGGAAUCCCCGGCUCUGGGAAAUCCGUCAUCGCUGCCGAUCUAAUCAAAAGGCUUUCCAAAGAGAACGCUCCUGUGCUGUAUUUCUUCUUUCGGCAGAUCAUUGAAGCCAACCAUGCUCCCGACUCUUUGCUCCGAGACUGGCUACAUCAGAUCCUGCAGCACAGUCCCCCACUACAAGUAAAGAUUGAAGAGGACUACCUUCAGCCAAAGCGAGAACUAUCCAGUGUGGCAAUGGCUACCCUCUGGAAGGAUCUCAAACUUGCCCUAUCGAGUCUCCCCAAAGUUUAUUGCGUCGUUGACGCACUAGAUGAGAUGGACGAGGACAACGAUGGCUUUCUCGAGGCUCUGGCCGAGCUGGCUCAAUGGCGACCCUCGAAUGUGAAAGUCAUCAUGACCAGCCGUCCUCUCAGUAGAUUAGAGCGACCGCUACGUCGGAUGCCAAUAAUUCAUCUAAGGCUAGAGGAAACAUUCGUGGAUAUAGACAUUGCCACAUAUGUCGCUCAUCGCCUGCAAAGUUCAGCAGGUCGUAUUUCGGAGAGUGACCAGGAGAUCAUCAGGCAAGCAGUCCCAGGAAAAGCGAAUGGGCUUUUCUUAUACGCCAAGCUGGCCAUGGAUUCCUUCCUCAAAGAAGGCGCAGAUGUCAAACAAGUCUUGACUAUGCUGCCGGCAGACUUGAAUAUCAUGUACACCGAUCUCCUCCAGGAACACGCUAUGAGAUCCGGGGUACCUCAUGAUUUACAAAUUUUGAUUCUGUCUUGCGUGACACAUGCCACCUAUCCCCUGCGGCUUCUGGAAGUCGCUGAGAUGGUCAACGUGACCCAGAAUAUUUCACUCAAAGAAGAUCUCAGGGGAGACCUCAAAGCAAUCAAGAAGCUUGUUCGAGACGCAUGCGGCCCCCUUAUUGAGGUUCUUCCAGAUGAGACACUAUGUGUUAUCCAUCAUUCUUUGACCGAGUUUCUAACUGGGUCUACUCGCGGAAGGGAGGACGACGAGGCGACAUUUCCAAUUUUGGAUCCUGGCUCAACCAACGUCCGCCUUGCCGAGGCCUGCAUACAUUAUAUCCUACGUUCCGAAUGUCUGAAGUCCCCGCUGAUAGUCGACUACAGGGUGGGAUCUCCCGAUCCCGAACCCCCCGCACCCAAGGACAAGGGACCGCUCCUAGCGAGCAGUGAAAUACGAUCCAAGUUCCCAUUCUUACAAUAUUCGCUUGAAAACUGGCAUGUCCAUAUCCGACGAGCGGAGAUGAAUGUGGAGUUGCCGGAAACUCUAAUGCUGGGCCUCGAUGAACUUAUCACUGAGGAAACACUGACCAGAUUGGAGCGUUUGCAUAACAAACAUCUUCCGCAAAAAUCCUUGGUAUAUAAGGUAGCUGCACUAGGUUUGACCCAAUACCUGACCAAGCUCAUAAAGGAGAGGCAUAUGAAACCCGACGAGUUCGGUGAUGAAGACAACUCGCCCUUGGUCGCUGCUGUUGAAGCUGGGCAUGCAUCAACCGUGAAGCAAUUGCUCGCAUUCGGUGCGAGGGCCGAGUUCAACAUAAAGCCCAAUGGCCACACGCCUCUCCACAAGGCCGCGUUAUUGAACCAUGGGGAAUUGGUCGAACUUUUAUUGCAGGCUGGUGCUGACCCGCUGGCUCCCAAGACAGAAGAAGAUGCCGGCUGUUAUCCCCCUUCAUCUAAAGGCCAGACUCCUCUCAUGUAUGCAACUCUGUAUGGGCUUGAAUCCGCAACUAGUGGUUUCGUUCGUCACCUCAAAGAUGCCGCCAGUGUGAACAAGGGAUUGGCUUGGGCCGCGUUGAGCGGCAACCCUGCGGUCGUCCAAACCAUGCUCACGCAUCCACUUGCCGAUGUGAAUGCGAUUAUUGAAGGGAACACUCCAUUGUUUCUAGCCGGACGAGCCGCCGAUCCCAAAACCAUGAUUCUUUUACUGGAAGCAGGGGCUGACGCAAGUAUCAUGUCAUGGGGAGGCGACCCGAACCACAGUUUGUACCUCGACAAGGUCAACGAGCCUUACUACUCGUUUACUGGUUACAAUGCCCUGCAUGCUCUCUGCGGUGCGUUUGAUUCAGUUCCCAAAGGAUACGAUAGAUCUCGUGCUGAGGCCGAAUCUCACAAGUUACGCUCAAAGACAUUCCGUCCGCCAGCUGAGAAGUUUGACUCCGAGUCCAUCAAAAGACUGACAACUCUCCUGCUUGAACGUAGAAUUGAUGUCGAUGGUAUUGAUGAAGAAGGCAAGACACCUUUGCUAUAUGCUGCGCAAUGUCGGCCUUCCAUGGUCAAAUACCUGCUAGACGCAGGUGCCGAUUCAGGUUUUAGAGACCGUGACGGAAAGAACGCCUUCCAUGGGUGCAAAGAUGUUCAAGUCUUGCAGCUUCUCGCGAAAGAAGGAAAAGCGAAUAUCAAUCAAGAAUCAUUUACCUGGAGAUUGACUCCUUUUCUUUCAGCCAUGGUCCGCGGAACCACACCCGAUCUCAUUAAGAUGCUUGUUUCCCUCGGCGCUGAUGUGACGAGUGUGGGCUUAGACGGAAAGGGGGCUUGGCAUCAGCUCCUGAAUGAUUUCAUAUUAGAUAAAAACGAGGCAGGUUACAACAUACUAGACCUCAUUGACGCGCUCGUUGGGGCAGGGGUGCCUCUCAACACGCAGGACAACGAGGGGAAGACUCCACUCCAAGCAAUGCCACGCCGAUAUCACGACUUGCUGCCUCGAAUAUACUCCAGACUGAUUAAAGCCGGCGCAAGAAUAGACAUAAGGGAGCAUAGCGGUCGCACUCUUCUGUUUCACGCUGUUCAGUUAGGAAAUAUCGAGCUGGUCCAGAUCCUCCUCCAUGCUGGUGCUGACUCGUCUGUCCGUGACAAGCAAGGGCGAAAUCUCUAUUUCGUCUGUAAAUAUACGGACCCCUCGACAAACAUUGUUGGCAAAGAGCUCAUAGACGCAAAAAUGGUCAAUUUUCUGAGGAAUAUUGGCGUCGACCCUACAAUUCGCGACAACGAGGGCGUUCUCGCCCUUCCAUCGGCGCGAGAUAUGCCCGACAACCAUGGCCGAAUAAGUUUGCACUAUGAGUUUUACGACGACCGAGACCCACUACAAGAGCCUCUUGAUGCAUAUCAAGAUGUUGAUCUCAAAGAUUAUGAUGGUGUAAGACCUCUACAUAUCGCUUGCAAGUCAUCAGAACAGCUGGUAGCCAAGUUGCUGGCAGCCGGUGCUAGCCCCACGGAACCAACGCACAUGGGAAUGACCCCGUUGCAUAUCGCCUGCCGCUUUCGACAAUCAAACAUUGUCGGUAUACUUUUGGAAGAAAUCGAAGCUAAAAGCGGGAAACAGGGACUCUCUUCCCAUCUCAACACCGCGUGGAGGCAGGUGCCAGACGACUGGGGGGCCGAGCACAAGGCAGUGCCUCCGAUUUUGUUUCUAGCCUGUUCUUCAGGCGUCCCCGAGACGGUUUCUCUACUUCUCAACGCGGGUGCUGAUCCGAAUUUGUGGUUUGGUGACCGCGAGGAGGGAUCAUGCUUAACGUGGUGCUUGAAGUACGAGUCGGAAGAGAAGCUAUGGAAGAACUUUCGCCAUCAGCCGGGUGGCGAGCCAAGACUCAGCUUAAACUUCUUCGGAUUAAGUAUGAAGGAUGACUGCGGAAGAAUUUAUGAGUUUCCAGAACGACAGGAAAAUAAACUUGCAGAUGUCCUGGACUUGUUGCAGGAGCACGGGCUAGAUCUGAUGGCCAUGGGAAAGCAAGAACGAAUGCCAAAGCUGGACUACGCCAUCGCGAACUGGAAGAGUGGAGAUUACGCUCUCGAGUGUCUUCUUCGUUUGAGACAGCGUCUAACAGGACAAGCUGAGACUCAAGCCCCGGACAGCGACGACCCGUGGCCCAAUCCAGAUGGAUAUGUUGAAGCCCUGGUGAAAACAAGGGGAUCCAUAGACGCCUCUCCUACGACAGUCGACAAAAUCAGAACUGAAGCCGACUUCAAACCGUCAUUCCGGGUAGUUUCCGCAAUCUACCGACAAGCUGCCUUGAGGGAAGCUUUCAUGAGAACGAGGCCGUGGGAUGAGCCAGAGGUACUUCACGAUCUAUUGGACAACCAUCAAUGGGGGCUAGUUGACUACUGGGCUCGUAAUGACCCUAACUUCUAUGAUAUGAAGUUCAAAAGAACGUGCAAUAUCUCUGUCCUCGUGGCAGGCGGACACCUUCAGCUUGUCCGCCAACUUCUCUCGCGUGAACGAAUCAGAGACAUGAAGCUGAAGCACAGAGCCCUAUUUGAUUCUACAGGGCCCCCAGAAUCCUGUGGGAUCAUCCCUAAUAUUAUCAAGCCCUUGCUAUUGGGAGCUUGUAGGGCGGUAAGGGGGAACAUGCCCAUGCUACGUUAUCUUGUCGAGGACUUGAGCGCAGAUGUGAACAUCCAGGAUGUGAGGAUAAUAGGGAAUGAUGAAGACCCACACUAUACAAAGGGGACCAGCCCACUACACAUCAUGGCUUCAAGGGCGACAUGGUGGCAGUCCGCUGAAGGCCUGCAAUAUCUGAUCGACCAUGGCGCAGAUGUCCACUCGAGGGACCAUAGAGGCCGAACUCCUCUUCUUCGAGCAGUUGGAAAACUUUGGAAGAUGCCUCAUGACCGGUCCAAUUUAUAUCGAAGUUUGAAGAUUUUGACGCAGUCUGGUGCUGAUGUUAACGCGACCGAUUCAGCCGGGAAUAGCUGUCUUUCACUCGUGGCGGACGACAAGGUUGCCACCGACAUUCUCAUCAAGGCAGGGGCAAGAGUAACGCCGGUCACUGUUUUUGAGGCCAUCACCAUCAACUAUAACAAAGGUUAUAAAUUACCAAGUCUCGAGGAUUUGGAAGCCUUGAUUACCGCAAUAGGUGCCAAUGCCCGCAUGCCAGGACCUGAGGAUGGUGGGCCUACACCGACAGCAAGGAACAUAGAACCUCAGGAGCAGUUUCUGUUAUACGUCGCUGCAUGGAGAAACCCUGAUGAAAACUAUUCCAUACAGGUUACAGAAACCGAUGAUGAAGUACGAAAGCGGCAUAUGCCUCUGAUUCAGCUGCUGCUCAACCUCGGUGCCAACCCAUUCGCAACCUUUCGAAUGCGCCCCGAAUGGGACCUGCCCGCAGAGGAGGUGACACUCCUCCACUAUCUUUUAGAAGAGGGAGGCUUCGUCGAACAAAUCCUGGAUCUCCCUGGUCUUGACCUAGAAAGAAGAGACCAAAAGGGUCGUACGGUGCUACUAUCUGCAUGCCGCAGUAAGGUUGGACCAGACAUGGAUAUCGAUGCUCUAAACGAGCUGUUCACAGAACGAUUGCCGAGCUGCGUUCCGCAAAGAGGCAGGCUCUCCAUUUUCAAGACCCUUGAGGAUAAAGGAGCAUGCCUGACAGCCCGGGACAACGAGGGCAAAAACGCGCUCCAUCAUAUACUUGAAGCAAAUCGUGGGGGCGGCCAUGCGGCGAUUCAGACACUCAUAACGCGCCACCCAGAGCUUGCUUCCCAGACGGAUACCGAGGGGCGGGCUCCAAUCUACUACGCGCUCUCGAGAUGCAAUAAUGUCUAUUUCAACCCGGACUUUCGAUCUGUUGCAAUGCUCCUUGACGCGGGUGUGGAUCCUACUUUUGUAGAUCACGACGGAAAUACGGCGUUGCAUCUUUUCGGCACCUCGAUGGGUCGUGUCGAAGAAUCUGGCAUUAGCCCGCGGGAUCUGUUCAAGCGACUAUUGUCAUUUGGGCUGUCCGUGAACGCGGUUAACAAUGAAGGAGAGACACCCAUCUUCUACUUCCUACAGGGUCAGGGGUCAAAGAAGGAGGUGAAAGACGUGAGGAGAGAAAUGGAUGCACAAACGGAAGCCUUGGAGGCUCUGGCUGAUGCCGGUGCUGAAUUUUCGGUUACAAACAGCUCUGGAGACACCUUGUUGCAUGUCGUCAGUUCCACACAAAAGCCCUCAGAGCAGGCAUCAGAGCAGGCACAUAUUAGCGAGCUGAUGGUUUCGAGGUUUCGGUGGCUACUCGAAAAAGGGGUUGAUCCAAUGGCUGAGAAUGACCGCCAACAGACUUGUCUGGACAUCGCUUCUGCCAGCGGCAAUGAAGCUAUUUUAAGUCUUUUCGAGCACGGACCUGAGACUUCGAAGCGGCGCAGAAUGGCCUAA